GAAGCUUUAUUUGUUUUACAUAUAGGCCUCUUUGCUAUAGCCCUUCAUAGCAAAAGCACUUCAAGAGAACCUAGUAUAUACUCCCCAUAGUUGCUAACCUUCUUUGCAAAGUUUUACCUUUGUCAAACUUCUUUACUACUGGACGCCUAUUACGGUGGCGGCGGCGUGGCUGGGGUGCUGCUUUUAGCAGGCUCUCCGACAUUACCUUGAGUCGGAACCAGCAGCAGCCAUGGGGGAUACACGGCAGAGCUUUUCUGUCGCCAAUAUCCUUGGAAAGGGGCCAAAUGACCCCAAGCUUGAGGACGCGUACCGCGUCGACAAGCAAAUCGGCAAGGGCGCUUUUGGUGUAGUGCGAGCAGGACAAAAGAAGUCUACGGGAGAGCCCGUUGCUGUGAAGUCUAUUAGCAAGGCGAAGCUGGUCUGCAAAGAGGAUGUAAAGGACGUGCAAGCUGAGGUUGCCAUUAUGAACUUGGUGGCGGGACACCCAUAUGUUGUCACGCUGAAGAGCACACACGAGGACAAGGAGUUCGUGCAUAUUGCGAUGGAGCUCUGCGCGGGUGGCGAGCUGUUUGACAGCAUCGUGGAGGCGGGCAACUUUACGGAAAAGAAGGCCGCGCUCUACUUCCGGAAAAUGGUAGAGGUGGUAAACCACUGCCACGAGCUGGGCGUCAUGCACCGGGACUUGAAGCCAGAGAACUUCCUGCUUACCAGCAAGGGCCCAGAGGGCGAGCUCAAGCUUACCGACUUCGGCCUCGGCGUCUUCUUUAAGCCCGGCGAGCGCUUCCGCGACCUGGUCGGCUCGCCCUAUUACGUGGCCCCUGAAGUCCUCCGCAAGAACUACAGCCACGAGGCCGACAUGUGGAGCCUGGGUGUCAUCCUGUACAUCCUGCUGUCCGGUCUGCCGCCCUUUUGGGGUGACACCGAGGACCAGAUCUUCAAGAUGGUUCUCAAGGGCCACAUUGACUUCAAGACUGAUCCCUGGCCCAAGAUUUCCGAGGCCGCCAAGGACUGCGUACGGCGGUUGCUUGAUCAGGACGUGAGCAAGCGCGCCACGGCCGCACAGAUUCUGAAGCACGAGUGGCUGAUUAAGGAGGGUGUGGCUCUGGACAUUGCGCUGGACUCGGUGGUGCUCAAGCGCCUCAAGCAGUUUGCGCAGAUGAACAAGCUGAAGAAGGCGUGUCUGAUGGUUAUUGGGCAGCACCUCACGCCGGACGAGAUUGCCGGCCUCAAGGAGCUGUUCAAGUCCAUCGACGCGGACAGCAGCGGCACCAUCACGGUGGAGGAGAUGCGCAAGGCGCUGGCGCAGUGGGGCCACAAGAUCAACGAGGUGGAGCUGCAGCAGCUCAUGGCCAUUGCCGACGUGGACGGCGACGGCCUCAUCGACUACAACGAGUUUGUGGCCGCCACCAUGCACCUCUCCAAGCUUGAGAAGGAGGAGCUGCUGCAGACGGCCUUCAAGCAGAUUGACAAGGACGGCUCGGGCACCAUUAGCGUGGCUGAGCUGGAGGUGGAGCUUAAAAAGUUUGGCAUCUACGACGACGCCAAGGAGCUGCUCGCGACUGCGGACACCAACGGCGACGGGCAGAUUGACUACCUUGAGUUCUGCUCCAUGCUGCGGAACAACAACGAGGCGCUGAAGCAGUCGACUCGCGCCAUCAAGCGACAGUACUCGAAGUUCUUCUAAGCGUUGCGUGGUGGUUGGCAGUGCUGGGGAGCCGUCGGGGCAGCGUUGGCGCAGCUUGUGGCAUGCGCUGGGGCAGGGUGUGGUGAAUGCAGGUACGGCGCUGAGGGGGCGGCCGGCAGCAGAGGUUACGUGCUGCUUCUCGUUAGGCGCCAGUAGCAGCAGCAGCAGCCGCGAAGCGUCUGAUGGUAGCUGCGUGCCGUACAAAGAGGAGGAAGGCGGAGGUGGAGGGGUGGGGGAAUUGAGGAGGACUCGAAACUAGUCAUCCAUCAUGUGCAUGGGAGUUGCGAUUGAGUGCUGCUCGGCCUCUGGCCCUCUGUGUGGCGUGCGGUCAGCUGAUCGGAGUUGCGCCCCGUUUGGACCUCCAUGUCUAGCCGUGUGCCAUGUCUUUUUCACGCCGCUGUCGCUUUGUGUGUUGGUCGGUUGCGUCGUGCUCUGGUACCUGCUUGGUUGCUGUUGGGUAUGCAGCCUGACAGAGGGUGCAGAGGCAGCGGCUUUACACGAGGCCAAGGACGUGAGGAGGGAAGGCAUCGUUGUGGGGGAGGCAAUCCCGGGGUUUCAGUAGCUAUCCCUCAUUUGCACGGAAGCGUCAGGCUCUAUUGCGUAAUUUGCAGGUGUACGCUGAGACGUAUACAGGCUUGUUUCCCUUUGGGAUUCGACGCGGGCUUUUAUGUGGCGGGCGGUUCCAGUUGUGCAAGGACAGUAGCACUGCGGACGCGAAUGACCUAGACCUCCUGGGCUUGUGAGCAGCGUAGAAGGAUGUUAUGGAGGUAUGGAUUCUUCAAUCCUCGCCGUUUAUAUGUGCCCUGGAUGAUGGAGGGGUGCUUGGCGUGAAGUGUGACGCAGGGUUGCAGCAGCAGGCGGGGCUCCAGGAAGGCUGGUGUGGUCCGGUCGCUGGGUGCAGGAGAUGCAGCAGUUGGUUGUGGUCCCUGCUUGGGCGCGAUGCAUGUGCCUCGUGUUGACAGCCGUCACCACUCCAACCGUACACAGCUUGACCACGCGCGUUUGUGACGGCAUCUUGGCUGCUGAGCAAUCCGCGCUUGAGCUGCUCUUGCGCUGUCGAUUUAGAACCGACGAAUGAAGUAGUGGGUUACAUGGUUACUGAUAACUGCCGCUGGCAUUUGAAAGGGUGGUGGUUGUCCUGGCGGAGGGCACUCACUCGAGGAUUGGCUCCUCAGAUCGCGCAUCGUGCGAUUUACUUUGUUUCCUAGCACAGCCCUAACGUGGCUAGAGUCUUCAAAACCGAAAAGCUGGCAUUCCGUGGGUGGACAUAGGAUUAAUUUCUCGAUAUCAACUAUUGGCAUGUGGCUGUAGGGUGAGUUGCGGGCGGCGGGGCCUUCUCUGCCUGUGUUAGGGUUUGCAUCGAGGUUGCUUCCGAACAUUGGCGGCGGGGGUUUUCUCGGUAGCCGCAAGGGCUAGCCAUACCUGACUAUAUAAUUUCUGGCCGAAGCGCUAAUCUUGGAUGCACGGUUGGGCGUGGUUUCGGUGAUGCGCGCUUGCAAGUGUUAGGUUAAAGAGGAGGCUUCUCGUCGCAGUCUCUUAAGACCCAGCGCUCUGCGUUAUGCUCCUGGUCUUGCUCUUUGCGUCUGCGCGGUUCCUCUACAUACUCCUGCGCACUGUACUGUACGCGCUGGUACAACCGCUCAGCCUGCGCGAACG